AUGAAUCUCUACAAAAUUGUUACACCAAUUAUUGCCUUGUCAAGUUUGUCAAAUGCACAAAACCUUACAGAUGGUCAACAACAGAAUGCCGCUAUCAGAAAUAUCGAUGGUCAAAGUGCAAUGACAAAGGCAGGAAUUGCCGGUACUAUCAUCGCAGGUGUAAUCGCAUACAUGUUAUAA